AUGCAACAGCUAGGGGCAUAUUUUGCCACAACACUAGUUGGACUGCUUCUGGUCACUCGAGCAGAUGGAUCUGACAUAUGUCCCCAUGGCUUCUGGGGCUCAGACUGCAAAACUCCGUGCCCAGCCAACUGUGACGAGGAAGAAUCAACCAAGCAAGUGUACUGUGACAAAGAUACUGGUAACUGUGCUGAAGGCUGUAAAGCAGGAUACUACAAGCUACACUGUGAUGAACAAUGCAAGGACUGCCCAAGUGGGCGAUGUGUUCAGGUCGAUGGCGCCUGUUUGCCAGGAGGAGCUUCCAUGGUUCUUCACCCGAACUCAUUUCUCAUAAUGCUGAGUAUGCUAAUUCCAAUCAGCAGGAACAGAAUUGCAGUGGUAACUUUGACCCUAGCAUUUCCAGUCGCGUAUGCUGAUGCCUGUAGAUGCACCUUCUGUAAAGACCUGCAGUGUGACCCUUCUGGAAAGUGUCUGCAUGGAUGUGCUGAUCCUCACACCUACGGCCCCAAAUGUCAAUAUGAGUGCCCAAAUAACUGCAUCAAGCUCCAGUGUGCCUUAGCAACAAAUGGACAACCUAAAUGUACAGCAGGAUGCAAGGACGGAUUCUGGGGAACACAGUGCAACAUACCCUGUAACAAGAGAUGUAAAAGAUGUUACGGACCUGAAUUCUGCCUAUCUUGCAAUUCCAAUUACUUUGGACGUGAUUGUCACUCAGAUUGCACUGAGAUAUGCCAUGGAAUGGCUUGCAAUCCAGACGGAAGUUGCAGGACAGACACGUGUGCUGAUGGGUGGUAUGGCCCGGGCUGCACCAUGGAGUGUUCCGCCACAUGUAAAACCUGUGAGAAGGUCAUGGGAACGUGCACCAGAUGUGAUGUUGGGUGGUAUGGACUUGACUGUGCAGAAUGUCCCCCUCUACCAGAUGACACAACCUUCUGUUCAACGCUGCGUGACACAGACAUUUGUCCAGUUUGCGCCUUUAAAUACUAUGUAAAUCAAGAUACUUGUGGUGGCCCAACCAGGUGGAAUCUAAUCACAAGCGUCGGGCUUCUUUGCCUGUCAACAUACACGGUUCUGGCACUGACUACAACCUGAUGUCACAGGGGCGAUACAGGGCACGAUAUUGAUGACUUUGGAAGAUGAUGGAGACCUGCCAGGACAACGAAACAAGAACAUCAUAAUUAUUUCUCCCGAUUGAUAUCGUCAUUUGUUCAAAUGUUCCAAUGUUCCGUCUUAAAUACCAUAGUUGAUAUAUGUACUCUUUUGUUAAGUCUUAACUCCAUUUGUACAGCUGCAGAAAAACAAUGUACUGAAGUAGUGAGGAUCUCUGGGCUAAAUAAUUACAGUGGAAUAUCCAUAUCACAUGCAGAGUUGUAGCGCUUGAACCUUUUCUGUUGCUCACACGUGACGGUGUGAAUUAGAUAGUCCUUAAUCCGACACUGGCAUGGUCUUGGAUGUUGGAUCGACAGUGGAUGGCCAUGCGUUGGAUUCACAGGGUUUAAACUAUACCGCCUAGAUGGAUGUGUACAGAAUCUGACUUUUGUUUAUAACAGGGUUUUUUUCGGAGAUGUUUGUUUGUUUCCCCCUUUCAUGUUUACGCCUCCGACUAAGGAGUAUCCAUGUUGUGUAGCUCAUAAACCGUUACGACACACAUUUUCUAUUUUUCAUCCCUACCGAAAGCAGCUGGAAAAGAUAUAAAUUAAGCAUAAACUAUUUAUGUUUAUUAUGUCUCCCACUAGUAAUACAGACCCUCUUAUAUAAAAUAUAAUGUUAUAUAUAAAUUCCAUGUCUACAUCACAAUCAAGAUUCAAGAAGCCUGCUGCAGUUUUAACUCCAUGGCAGAAUGAUUUUCAUUUAGAUAAAUAAAUGAUUGACAUAGUUAUUUAUUAUUAGUUUUAUUUCGACCGACCAGCUGGAAAAGCUGGAAUAAAUCCAUGAAACAUUAAAUUAAACAAGUGCGGCCUUACAUUCAAAUUUGAAUUAUGACGUAGCCGUGACUCUGAAUUCAGUUUCGGUUCUAUUUUAAAUAUAAUAGUCAAAAUAGGUAGCAUCAUUAGUAUAAUUGCUGGAACAUAUACCACAUUCGAAAAACAUUUGACAUAAAAAACUGCUGUUUGGAAAUUGGAUUGUUUUUCAUCUGAAUAAGUGGUGGACUGUUAUUGGAAACGUAAGCGGUGAUUAUUGGAAUAAUCAUUACCUUCUCAAGCGGACUGCACUCGAAACAUCCCCUUAGUCCUGUAAUAAGCAUGAUCCAGUCCAUAGCUGGAUGCUCUAGGUGAAGAGCUUACAUUUCUUUCCACGUGUGUUACUUUUUAUUUAUAUAUAUUUGUGGAUUGAUUUUGUGCUCCGAGUGUGAUGUGACAGUUGCUUGAAGUAUAUUUGCAUAUAGGCCUUUAUGUAUACACUUAUGACAGUUUUGUUUUCACAUAUUUUACAUCGAUUUAUGUCACUUUUCUUUUUGACACAGUGACUACUUUACUUCACUCUUUAUUACACAAUUUGU